AUGAACAACAACGCUCAAAACAAAAGAUCAUUAGAUGAUUCCAAUGGGAAUGACACUAAAAGACCCAAACAAGAGGAUCCAAAGUAUAUUUUACCAAAACAAGUGAAUACAUAUCCAGCCACUCUACCGGAAAGAAAGAAAAAUAUAGAAUACAUUCUUAAUAUCCUAACCAAGAAACAACCAAAUAUCACCAAUCCAAAACUAAAGGCAAUAGAUAUUGAAUAUGAAAUAGCUAAAAAAUCAACUAAUGCGACUUACAAAACAGUAUUUAGACAAGAAGUAUUCAAAUUAACUAAACCUACAAAACUGCCAUCGCAACUUCUGCCACAACAAGAACAUCUUAAAAAACUUGAUCAAGAAGCAAAAGAAUUGAAAAUUUUGAAAGAAAUGGUUGUUUCUCGGAAAACAUUAAUAGCUUUUGGAUAUAUAAUGGAACCACCUGAAUCUAUACCAAAUGAAAAAAUCACGAGAAUAUGCAAUCGAUGUGGAACUGAAUUUCGAUUAGAUCAACAAUUACAACCAAUAGUUUGUGAAUUCCAUCAUGGGAAGAAACAAAGAGGGAAAUACAUAUGUUGUAUGUCUAAUGUUGAUGGACAACCUUGUAGUAAAGCCAAAAACCAUGUUUACUUAUUAAAUACCCCAGAAGAAAAGCAAGCAUUAUUGCCAUAUCAGUUUACCAAAGAAUUAUUUACCACCACCAGCACCAAGAGUAAAUCACGAGUACUUGGAAUUGAUUGUGAAAUGGGAUUCACCACAAAGGGGUUUGAAUUGAUGAGAAUAACGGCAAUUGAUUAUUUCACUAGCAAAACAGUUUUAGAUAUAUUUAUUAAACCUAUUGGUGAAAUAGUAGAUUUUAAUACUAGAUAUUCUGGUAUACAUGAAUUAACCGAUGAUUUUUUAUCAUGGGAACAACUGAUGGAAAAAUUAGGUGAAAUAAUGGAUUCAGAAACAAUAUUAAUUGGUCAUGGAUUAGAAAAUGAUAUGAAUGCCAUGAGAUUAAUUCAUGAAAAUAUAAUUGAUACUUCGAUUCUUUUCCCUAAUAAAUGGAAAACAGGACCAACUAGAAGAUGGAGUUUAAAAGAUUUGGCAUUUGAGUUUCUUAGUCGUCGAAUUCAAACUGGUGAACAUGAUAGUUGUGAAGAUUCUAUUGCUGCAAUAGAUAUUGUAAAAUAUUUUGUCAAAAAACGGUUACAAUCUAUAGGUUCAUCUAGUUGA